AUGACUGCUAAGGUGGCGCUAGAGAGUGAAACGACUUUCGACCAACUCGUCAAGAGUUUAACAGACAAGCUGACCGAUGACAUUCAAAAGGCGUGGUCUAUUUUUUGUUGGGUUGGUUCUCAGAAGAUAAAUGAAGGGAAUACCAACAAAACACCCGCUGAGGGGACACCACUGUGGUAUUCACUGAAUAAAGAACCAAGUGAAUAUCCUAAACUAAUUACAAUUAUGAUGAGAAAGGCUAAACUCCCGUGUGUAACAAUACGGGGAAAAGCCAAGACGUCGAACUAUGAAGCAGGAGAUGAAAGCGUGGACGGAGAAUCUCAGUGGAAUGCGGUGUUUGUUAGUGGAUCGUGGCGACUGCUACAUCCUCAAUGGGCUUUUCAAUCAAUAGUUGGUCUUCAAAAACCUGGAUGGAUAAAGUUCGAAGAUGACGGGGAAAAAACGAGAGAAGAGGUGGCGGGUUCUGAAGGACAAAUAGUAUCAACUAGAGAAACAUUUUACUUCCUCGCUGAUCCUGAAGAUUUCAUACAUUUCUGUAGGCCUCCUGACGAUCAGAAGGGUUGGCAACUAAUAAAGCCGUCGCUAUCAAAAGACAGGUAUAUCAAACUGCCCUUCAUAAGACCACAAUAUGCCAAAAGCAAUGCUAAGUUUUCCUUCAGACGUGGACAGAUUAAUACAAUUGAAGCAAAGAAGGGUGAAUGUGAACUGGCUAUACAAGUGAACAACUCCAAGUGGAGAGGACAGCUGUCCUAUUCUCUACUAGUUUACAGUUGA